CGGAGAAUCAUGUAGUUGGCAACUUUAUUUCUUUAUUUUUUUAAAUUUUAUUACACGGGAAGCUACUCUUGAGAAGAAGAAACAAUAAGAAAAUAGGCUGGCACAGACUAUGGUUAUUGGUUCUCUCUUUUGAAAAAGGCUCUAAACAUGAAAGAAAACAUUUUGCUCAUUGGGAAUGGAGGGCGUGAGCAUGCAUUGGCUUGGAAGCUCUCACAGUCAGAGAAUGUUGGACAUGUGUUUGUUGCACCUGGAAAUGCUGGGACAGCUAAUAAUGACAAAAUCAGCAACAUUGGUUUGAAUGUGAAAGAUUUUGAAGCUAUUUCAAGCUGGUGUAAAUCUAACAAUGUUGGUUUUGUCAUGGUCGGGCCUGAAGAUCCUCUAGCUUUAGGGAUUGUUGAUUUCUUAACAAAUACUGGCAUUCCCACAUUUGGUCCAACUGCAUCAGCAGCUCGAAUUGAAGCUGACAAAUCCUAUGCUAAGCACUUCAUGCUGAGACAUAACAUCCCUACUGCUAGAUUUCAGAGUUUUACAGACCCUGAUAAAGCCUGCAAGUAUAUUGUAGAGGCUGAUUUUGCAGCACUGGUUGUCAAGGCUAGUGGCCUAGCAGCUGGUAAGGGUGUAGUUGUUGCUGCUGACAAAAAAGAAGCAUGUGAGGCUGUUAAAGAGAUGAUGACAGACAAGAGGUUUGGUGCUGCUGGAGACGUUGUGGUUGUUGAAGAAUUGUUGGAAGGUCCAGAAGUCUCGGUUUUAGCAUUCACUGAUGGUCAUAAUGUUCAUUUAAUGCCUCCGGCUCAGGACCAUAAACGUUUAUUGGACAAUGAUCAAGGACCCAAUACAGGUGGCAUGGGAGCAUUCUGUCCUUAUCCUGAGCUUUCUCUGUCAGAUUUGGAUAAUAUUCAGAAAGAGAUUUUAGAGAAAACUGUGAGAGGGAUGGCCCAAGAAGGAAGCAGAUAUGUUGGUGUUUUGUAUGCUGGCCUUAUGUUGACCAAAAGUGGACCUCAGGUCUUAGAAUUUAAUUGUAGAUUUGGGGAUCCUGAGACACAGUCUAUAUUAUCUCUGAUGACCUCUGAUCUUCUGACAACUUUAAAAGCAUGUGUUGAUGGAGACCUAACCAAGGCUAGACCAACAUUUGACACAUCAAAGACAGCUCUUGGAGUUGUAGUGGUCAGUGGGGGCUAUCCAGAAAAUUAUAAAAAAGGAAUACCCAUUUCUGGAAUAUCUGAGGUUGAAAGAUCAGGAGGACUUAAAGUAUUUCAUGCAGGCACAAACCUCAACGAAAAUGGACAGGUGGUUACAAGUGGAGGUAGAGUUUUAGCUGUUGUUGCCACAGAUUCAUCUCUGGUUGAAGCGAACAGAAAGGCUACAGCAGCGGCAGCUAAAAUUCACUUUGAAGGAGCCUAUUUCAGGAAGGACAUAGGCUGCAAAUGUUUUAAGAGGAGCUCGCCAGCUCUAUCCAAUCAGAGUGAGGAAGGACUACAGUACAAGGACUCUGGUGUUGACAUUGAAGCUGGGGACUACCUUGUGGAUGUUAUCAAACCUCUGGCUAAAAUGACCAAGCGGUCAGGCUGUAAUGCUGACUUGGGAGGUUUUGGUGGCAUAUUUGACUUGUCGGAUGCUAAGCUUUCUAAAUGUAUCUUGGCGUCUAGGACUUGGGGAGUUGGUCCCAAAUUGAGGUUUGCUGAAAAUCUUGGCCAUCAUUACAACAUUGGAUUUGACCUGAUGGCACAGUGUGCUAACCAUCUCAUCACAAUUGGAGCAGAGCCUUUGUUUUUCCUGGACUACUAUGCUACUGGCAAGCUAAGCGUUCCUCACGCAGAGGAAGUGAUUCGUGGAGUGGCAGAUGCAUGUCUAGAAUCUGGUUGUGCAUUAAUUGGUGGUGAGACUGCAGAGAUGCCUGGGAUGUACAGAGGGCAGGACUACGACGUUGCAGGUAUCGCCAUUGGUGCACUAUGUGAAGACCAGUGGAAACUAGGUCAGCCGAGUCUUGUGGCGGGGGAUGUGGUGCUGGGACUGACUACCAGUGGACUCCAGCAUCAAGAUUUUGAGAUUCUUCAGGACAUUUUGACCCAGAACUGCAUGAGUGUGCACAAAGUAAAGGGAGUUAAUGGUGGCAUGACAUUAGGUGAGGAAAUCUUAGUGCCACCCAAAGUUUAUGUCAAGCCUGUCCUCAAGCUGGUGCAAUCCAGAAAGGUGAAGCGUUUUAUCUAUGUCAGUGAUGGUCUGACUGAGACUGUCAGCAGAAGUCUGUCACAUGAAGCCUGUGUUAAAAUAGAUGCUCUUAAGUGGUCUGUUAAACCAGUUUUUGGUUGGAUGUCUGCCUUAGCCUGCCUUUCCCCGGAUCAAAUGGCUGCUUAUAGCAGCUGUGGCCUGGCUGCUCUAAUGAUAGUGGCAGAAUCUGAUGUGACCAGUAUUCACGAAGCUUUGUCUGACUUCAACAUAGAUAGUAAAGAAAUUGGCAUUGUGGGGUAUAAAUCAGGGGACUGUAAGCAAGUUGUUAUUGACAAUCUUGAGGCUGCUCUGGAGAAAGCCAAGAAUAUUGCUUACCAACAUGCUCCAGAAAACUUUGUGAGAGAACCUGUGUCCAGUUUGUUACUCUCUCAGCUGGACUACAUCAAGACUACACUUCCUCCUAUGUAUGACCUCACAACUUUGAAUCUCCAAGAACCAGUGUUGGUCUCAGGUACUGAUGGGGUCGGAACCAAAUUGAAGAUAGCUCAAGCAUUAAAUCACCACUCGACUAUAGGACAGGAUCUUGUUGCAAUGUGUGUCAAUGAUAUUCUGGCCAAUGGCGCUCAGCCCCUGUUCUUCACAUGCUAUCUCGGCAUUGGACGCCUAGACCCUGAUUUAAUAGAGGCUGUGCACAAAAGUGUUUCAGUUGGUUGUGACAUUGCUGGAUGCAAUCUUGUUGAGGAGCAUAUCUCUCAUCUUCCAUCUAUAUACCAAGGAAGUGUUUAUGAUCUGGGAGGGUUCUCAGUUGGUGUGGUGGAGAAGUCGAAGAUGAUUGCCUCUGGAGACAGUAUUCAGGAAGGAGAUGUGGUCAUUGGCUUGCCAUCUAGUGGCCUCCACAGCAAUGGGUUCAGUCUUGUCCGAAAAAUUGUAGAAGUUCACAAUUUGAGAUUUGACAUGCCUUGCCCCUAUGGGAUGCCAGGAACACUUGGUCAAAAUCUUUUGACGCCAACAAAAAUUUAUGUCAAGACAGUUCUGCCAGCCAUUCAUUCUGGAAAAGUCAAGGGCUUUGCACACAUUACUGGUGGCGGUUUGACUGAAAACAUUCCAAGAGUUCUUCCCCCAAAUGUUGGUGUCACAUUGGAUGGUUGCAAAUGGCCAAUGAAACCAGUGUUUGGCUGGCUGCAGUAUAUGGGUAAAGUAACUGAAAAUGAGAUGGCAAAAACCUUCAACUGUGGUCUUGGUGCAGUUUUGAUUGUGAAUAAAAGUGAUGUUGAUGAUGUGUUGGCCUUGAUGCCUGAUAGUGGGGCUGUUCAAGUGGGUCAGGUUGUGAGUCUUUCAGAAAAGAAUACAGAAAAAGUUGUUAUUGAAAAUUUACAGAGCUCUCUGAGCAACAGUUGGCUCAGACCCAAACUUCCAGUCACCAAAAAAAGAGUUGGCGUUUUAAUAUCUGGCUCAGGGACCAACUUACAGGCUUUGAUUGAUCACACUCAGAACAAGGCUAUUAACUCUUCAGCUGAAAUAGUCUUGGUCAUCUCCAAUGUUCCCAAUGUUGCUGGUCUACGUCGAGCAGAGAGGGCAGGAAUUAAAACUUUGGUGAUUGAUCACAAGAAUUAUAAGUCAAGGUCAGAGUUUGACAGCGCAGUUGAUGACCAGCUAGUACAGCACAAAAUUGAGCUGGUCUGUUUGGCUGGAUUCAUGAGAAUUUUAACUGGAGAGUUUGUCAACAAAUGGUCUGGAAGAAUGUUAAACAUACAUCCUUCCUUGUUGCCGUCUUUUAAAGGAGCGCAUGGGCAAAAACUUGCUCUUGAGGCAGGGGUUCAAAUCUCUGGAUGUUCAGUACAUUUUGUUGCUGAGGAAGUGGAUGCUGGUGCCAUCCUUGUUCAGCGCAGUGUUCCUGUUUAUCCUGGCGAUACAGUGGAGACUCUCUCAGAACGCAUCAAGACAGUGGAGCACGUGGCUUACCCCAAAGCACUGGAGCUUGUGGCUAGCGAGCAGGUGCAGCUUGGGAAUGAUGGGAAAUUGGUUUGGAACUGGUGAGAGAUAAGACAGGGUUGUUUGCUGGUAGUUUUGGUUUCAUGUGUUGUGGCUAAACUUGUUGGUCGAUGAAUUCAUUCUCUUUAUUUUUGCUUAAACAGAGAAGCUUUACUGAUUAGCAAAGAACAUUUGAGUCUUAAUGUUAUGCUUGUUGUUAUAGCGUUGUUACCAAACUGUUUGAUGAGAAAAUGAGAAAUCUGUCAAGUUUUUUUUUUUAUCAUAUUAGGUGGAUAUAAGAGUUAAUAAUGUGAUGUUUGCCAAUUGGCUUCUUAUGAUGUCAGAAUUUAUUGCCUAAUGGUAUUAGUUAGGGUGGAUUACCUUUAAAUGUUUUUAUCUUAAGUCAUUCUGAUGCAGAUUUUGUUACUGAUUCUUGUUUUUAUUUCUUUUCAUUUUCCAUUAACUCAUUUCCUGCCAUUGUCUAAGACAGCUGUAUAUGAAUUUAGUUCCCAUUUUUUUUGGUGUUUGUCAACUUUUAGAAGCAGUUCUUCAAGACAUUUCUUAUAGCUCAC